AUGUCGUCAGCAGCCUCUUUGGUUUCAGGCCCACGAACGCCGCCUUUAUUGGAAGAGACAUUGGGAGAAUUUAUGCAGCGGCAGGCUGCGCGAUACGGAGACCACACAGCAGCCACCUUCUCCUGGCAACGUCACAAACUCUCGUACAAUGACCUCGCAAGCCGGAGCGAAGCAGUCGCAAAGUCGAUGUUGGCCAGAGGGUUGAGGCACGGAGACAGCAUUGCAAUCAUGGCUGGAAAUUGCUACCAGUACCUCGAGACCUUCAUCGCCGCCGCUCGGAUUGGCUGCCCUUUCGUCGUCUUGAACAAUACAUAUACUCCCAAAGAGCUGGUCUCUGCACUGAGAGUAACUUCUUGUAAACUUCUUUUUGUCGCUUCAAAGAUCCGCCUGAAGGACCUGUCUACGCAUGUCGAAGCGGUGGCCAAGGAGCUGAGCACCUUACCCUGCGUAUCCUUGUCAACUGGUGAUAGUGCAACGCACAACUCAUUAAGGCUGUGCGCAUAUUCGUCUUUCGUGUAUGAAGGCCGGAAUAUCAACACGGCAACGUUGAAGCAAGCAGAGACCCGUAUUCGCUGUGACGAUGUUGUGAACCUUCAAUUUACUUCUGGAACCACUGGCGUCCCGAAAGCAGCCAUGUUAACUCACAAGAAUCUGAUCAACAACGCCCGCUUCGUUGGAAUGACCAUGAAAUUGAACCACUCGGACAUCAUCUGUUGCCCACCUCCACUGUUUCACUGUUUCGGCCUUGUGAUGGGUUUCUUGGGGGCUUUCACUCAUGGCUCCACAGUUGUCUUCCCAUGCGACCAGUUCGAUGCCGACUCUGUCCUCGAUGCACUCUAUGAGGAGAAAUGCACCGCGCUCCUCGGCGUGCCAACUAUGUUCAUCGCGGAAAUUGAAGCCAAUAAAGCAAAACGAUACAAAAUCUCGUCGGUAAAGACAGGGCUUGUUGCAGGGUCAUCGGUUCCGCCGGCGUUGGUGAAGCAGUUAGACCGAGAGUUUGGGAUCAAGGGAAUGCUUAUCCCAUAUGGCAUGACCGAGACGAGCCCAGUAACGUUCAUCACUUCGUUUGAUGACACGGAAGAAAGACGAACCAAGACGGUUGGGAGAGUGCUACCACAUACGAUGGCCAAAAUUGUCGACCGCGCCGGGAAUAUAGUCCCGCGCGGCGUGCGAGGCGAGCUCUGUGUUAGUGGAUACGCUUUGCAGAAAGGAUACUACAAUAAUCCAGCAAAGACGGAAGAGGCAAUGAGACGGGAUGAGAACGGCAUUCUGUGGAUGUAUACUGGUGAUGAGUGCGUCAUUGACGAAGAUGGCUAUUGUUCUGUGACUGGGCGGAUCAAGGAUAUUAUCAUUCGUGGCGGCGAAAACAUCUUCCCCAGCGAAAUCGAAACGCGCCUGGCCGACCACCCCUCGGUCGCCGAGGCCAGCUGCGUCGCCAUCAAAGACGAGAGAUACGGCGAGGUUGUCGGCGCGUUUCUCCGCGAGCAUCCGCGACCGGGCUGCCUCGACCUGGACCUCAAGGAGGAGAACAGGACAACGCGGCUCAUGAGGCCGAGUUGGAAGGAAAUCAACAACUGGGUGCGCAAGUCUUUGGGCAGCCAUAAGGCGCCCAGGUACGUUUUCUGGAUCGGGGACGAGGGUGUGGGAAACGAGUUUCCCAAGACCGGCAGUGGAAAGAUCAUGAAACACGUCCUUAGGGAUGUUGGGGAGAGGCUUGUCAAGAUGGGCAAGGGUGUGGCGGAAGAGAAAGCGCCAGGGGAGAAGGCAGCAGUGGUGAGAGCUAAGCUGUGA